AACAACCGCUUUGAUCGACUCACUGUUCGACAUAAAAUUAGAAGCGUGCUCCUGAGCUCUUUCGUUUCCACGGCAACAGAGGAGGAGCUUGAACUUUCACCUGUGACUAUUGCAGAUGUAGUUAGCCAAGGGGAAGUUAGCUAGUUUUGGGCUGGUGCAGUCAGGAGGCUGUAAAAAAAAAAAAAGAAGAAAUAUAGCUAGCUCGCUCUAAUAAAUUAUUUUACAUUUUCUUAUUUGUGAAAUAUGUUUAAUAUCUAUCGAAUGGAUUUAUCUUGUGGCUACAUCAUGUCGCAAGUUUGGAGACAAUGAAGAGGUGACUAAAAACAGUGGCUUGGACAUUUGUGAUAUGUUAAUCACAGAAGGCAAGUGUGCCACAUUAGUAUGGACAGAAGGAAUUAGUUAGCUGCCGAGUGUCUUGAUGCGCUAUUAGCUGUUUGUAAUGAUAUGCUCCAUAAGCACUGUAAAUUAUCUACGCCCACCUACGACCAAUUAGCAUGGACAUCAAUCACUAAGAAAUAAUUCAUUGUUUGCAUGCAUUGUUGUCGCUUUUUAAUGUUAAUUUACCCGCACAUACAUUUGAAUGGCUAACAACACAAGCAGCUGACCAUGUCACUAGCAGAACAGUCCCAGAAGUGGUUCCCAACUCAUGUCCAAGCCACUGUUCUCCAAGCAACUGACCUACAAGCUAAGGGUAAGAAUGGUACCAACGAUGCGUACACUAUCAUCCAGCUGGGCAAAGAGAAGUACUCCACGUCUGUGGCAGAGAAAACACUCAGCCCGGUGUGGCGAGAAGAAGCCUCGUUUGAACUGCCUGGUCUUCUUCUGGAGGGCAACCCAGAAAUCUAUGAACUAUGCCUCAUCGUGAUGCACAGGUCACUAGUGGGGAUGGAUAAAUUCCUUGGCCAGAGUACCAUCAAUCUCAAUGCAAUUUUUGAUAACAAGGAGCGAAGAAAGACUGACUGGUACACUUUAGACUCAAGGCCAGGGAAAAAGAGGAAGGAGCGGGGGAAGAUCCAGGUCAGCAUCCAGUUCAUGAGGAACAAUAUGACUGCCAGCAUGUUUGACCUAUCCGUAAAGGACAAGCCCCGUUCGCCCUUCUCUAAACUCAAGGACAAAAUGAAAGGUCGCAAGCACGAUGGUGGCUUCUACGACACCUCCUCUGCCAUUUUGCCUCGCUCUGUCGCAUGCGACUCAGAGACCCUUCAUCAACCCGGCAUUCCCGACCAUCCUGACCUCAAGGAGCCUAAGGUCAAGAGAUCUUUGCUGGCUAGUUCCCAUAAGCUCUCGGCUGCCCACUCCAUGUCAGACCUCAUUGGCACUCACUUCCGACCCAAGCUGGACUCUAUGAACUCCAUCGAGGAGCUUGAGAAAGGGAGCUGUUCCGCCCCUCACAGGCGCUCUCAGAGUGAGGUACCAGGCUCCCAGGACAGCGAGACCCACAGUGACCCUUUCACCGAUAUCGGUGACGGCCUGCCACAGAAGUACGCCACACUCCCACGCAACCGCAACCCAUUCGAGGGUGAGCGUGGCCAGCAAUGGGACCGAGGGGAGAAGAAGGAGAAGAAGGAGAAGGUCAGCCUGCUGGAACGCGUGACCGGAAAGAAGGAGGGACGCAAGACCAACGGUGGGCGUUCGGGCAGCUCUGGAGACCUACGCUCUCCCAACCCCUUCAGCAGCGACACCCAGGGUGACGCCCAACCGACCAACCCCUUCUGCUCACACUACAAAGCAAGUGAUAAAAACGCCAGCAGUAAUGACGACAUCCGAAAGGCGAGAGAGAGCCAUGACAAGAAACACGACACAAACCAGGCGUGCAUAGCUGCGUAUAGCAAUCUAUCUUUUGAUGAGGUGGUGCACGAGCUCAUCAAACAGAAGGAGGUGGUCAAAAAGAAGGAUGCACAUAUUCGUGAACUGGAAGACUACAUUGAUAACCUACUGGUGCGUGUCAUGGAGGAGACGCCUAGCAUCCUACGGACCCCCUAUGAGCCCAACAGAAAGGCGGGAAAAAUCUCAAAAAAUAAGUAGAUGGUGUUCUAGGGGCCAAAAAAAAUGACAAAUAGGGCCCUCCCACAAUGUCAGAUCUGAUGCCAAAAUGUUGUUGUUUUGAGGUGAAUCCUUAUUUACAAAUACUUAAUUUAUGUUUUAACAGGUUCUUUAUGCUUUGGUUUGAGAUUACACCGGUUUCCCCAUCAGAAUAUUAAGGAGCAAUGAACAACAUUAUCUGAUACUCUAAUUCCCCCUAUUGCUGUCCUGUGAUGAUAGACUAACCUCUCAAUUAGUUCCUGUACCGUGAUCCACUUUUUUAAAUUUUAUUUAUGAUAUCUCCUGCUCUUUCUGUGUGCCAUUCAAAUGUUUUUCAAAGUAGAAACAAUGUGAAAUGACAUUGUGACUCACAUUCAACAGUACAUGUUAGCAAAGACCAGCAUGAUUAAGAUGAGCUAUCACUGUGUUUGAUUAUAUAUUUUCUGAUGAUCAUCAGAUGUUGGGGAACAAAGUCAUAGGGUUAUGCCAUGUCUGACCGUUUUCCCAGGGCCUUAUUUACAGUGUAUACAAUGGACCUGUGCACUUUUUCUGACACACAUUAUAUGCGAUAAGCCCAGAAAGCACCUGGAGCAAUUGUGUGCGUAUACAACCAAAAUCAAGGUAGAUUUGCGUUAUUACACUGAAAGUGUUCAAACUACUCCCAACACAAGUGUUAAAAUAUUUCAAGUGCAUGGUCUUAUUGAAUCGAGUUUGCAAUUUCAAUAGGUCUGACUUAUGCAAGUGUGAACCACUAUAGCCAUAACAAAUAUGGUCAAUUGACGCGGUAUUCAACCCAGAUGCUCUUAAAGUGUGAAUGUAGCCACGUUUAUGUUUACCAGAUGCUGUAAAGACGCAGCGGUCAAGUGGUUGAGUACGGCAGUGCUGUAAUGGCUGUGUUUCCACUUCAGAACAAGACAGAAGACAAUAACACAAACUCUACACUCUGCCAAUCAGCCCUAUGGCUAUUUAUGUAGGCAAUACAGGAUUGUGUUGAUAUACUGAUGGGCAGGUGUGAAUAUAAUUAUCGCCCGUCUGACAAUGAUGUGAGCCUUUUGGCAUUAGGAUUGUUUGGAUCUGUUGAGAUUUCCCAUCUUUUUACAAAAUAAUAUUAUGUAAAGGUACUGUUAUGCAGGGUUUCCCCUAGGACAUUUUUCAGCAUUGGUGCCAAAGUUAUCUAAAACUGAGGAUGGGGGAUUCAAAUAAAAUGUUAGAUGUUCCUAUGCUGUAGAGAGAAUUUUGCCGUUUUAAAUCAAAUUUCCUGCUAUUUUGGCUCAGAUUAGGGAGAACAUUUUAUUUUUAAAGCAAGAUCUGCCAUUUACAUAAGAGACUCUGCUUAUGUGGCUAGGUACUAAGCACUACUUUGCAUACUUAAAGCAAUGUGACACUGUAUUCCUACUUUGUGACCUUCCAGAGAAAAGAAAAAGGAAAGGUAGACACCAUCCUCCGUGGUCAAUUUGUUGAUUUAGAAUGUCUCUGCACUGUGCAGCAGCAGAAUGUAAUUAGGCAGAGGCCAGCUAAAGACUCCACUAUCGAAGCCUCCCUGUUAUUUACACCAAAGUUAAUUAAUUCAAACAGCUGCCGUUGUCCAUCAUAUCAACUAAAGUAAUUACUUUUGGGUUUAUUUCUAAUUUGUUUUUUUACAGUUACUUAAAGGACCAAACAUCUACCUUAAUUUACAAUCAAUGUAGGCCCAAACCUUGUCAUGCAAAUGUUUGUGUAAUUGUCAAGUAGCUUUAGCUUUCUUUUUAAUCAAGUGCAAUAAUCAUAAUUUUUGAACAUGUUUCUUAUUUUACUGGUGUCUACAACUUGUUUACUUUUUCUUUAAUCAUUGUUAUGUAAUCAUGUUGAAAAUGUCUGAAUGGGAUCUUUACUCUGGUCGUGUCUGUCAUGUCAACAGAGGAAAUAUAAUUCCAUUAAGUGGUUGUUA